AUGAGUUUCGCUGACAAAGUGGUGAUAGUGACCGGGUCGAGUGCGGGCAUCGGGGCCGCCGCGGCGGUGGCGUUCUGUAGCGCGGGCGCCCGCGUCGCGCUCGUGGGCCGCAACCAGAGCAACCUCGCCGCGGUGGCCGCCCGGUGCGCGCCCCACCCGCACCGCCCGCUCGUCCUCAACGCCGACGUCUCCGACGACGACGACGCCAAACGCAUCGUACAAACCACGAUCCAACACUUCGGCAAGAUAGACGUGUUGGUCAACAACGCUGGCAUCGUCAAAUCCGGUUCGAUAGUCGACGGAACAAUAAUGGAUACGUUCGACGAACUAAUGAGCAUAAAUUUUCGUGCAAUAGUAAAACUCACGACCUUGGCUGCACCUCAUCUGAUAGCAACGAAAGGAAAUAUUGUUAACAUAUCAGGUAUAUCUGCAACGACGUUUAAUUUACCCGUGUCGAUACCCAUUAUUGGCGCAUGCAAGGCCGCACUAAACUAUUUCACCAAAUACGCCGCGUUAGAACUGGCGGCUUCCGGAGUCAGAGUCAACGCAGUAACUCCGGGCCCCGUUAGAACGGAAAUUAUAAAAGCAUCCGAGUAUCCAGGGUACUGGGAUAUGUUCACUACACGGACGGCGCUUGGCCGUGUGUCAGAACCGGAGGAGGUGGUUGACCUCGUUCUGUUCUUAGCGAGUGAAAAGGCAAAAGGUAUCACUGGGUCAAAUUAUGUCAUUGAUAACGGAAUUCUAUUGAAGUAA